UCUUUACAUGAUUUGAACAAGGGUUUCAUUAUCUUUAUUGGGUAUUUUUUAUAUUUUUUUUAAAGAUUAUGGGUUUAAUUGAGAUUUUGUUACAAGGGCCAAAUUUAUUUGAUAAUAUAUGGAGUAUGAAUAUGUUAGCAGAUCUUAUGGUGUUAAUUGCACCUUUAUGGAUAGCUGUUGUAUUUGGGGUUUUAGUUGGUUGGUUAUGGAGACCAACUUGGGCUAAUUCUGAUACUAUUAUUAAUAAUUUGAAAAUGCCCACAAAGAAUUAUUAUUCUUCUAAAGAUUUUGUAUCUUCAAUUCCAUCUUUUAAUUCUUUGAAAUCUCAAUUGCCCACUUGUUUUUUUCCAUUUUCUGAUAAUGGGUUGUUGGAAGUUGGUUCAUCUGAGCUCUCUACAAUCAGUUCUUCUAAAUUGGAUGAAAAAAGAACGAAUUUUGUUGGGGAGGGUGAUUUGGAGCAUAUUUAUAAACUUGUUGAGGAAAAAGAUGGAGGUCUAGCUUGGAUUGCUAUGAUGGAUAGGUCAACUUCAAAUAUGAGUUAUCAAGCUUGGAAGAGAGAACCCGAGAUUGGACCUCCACAAUAUCGUUCGAGAACGGUGUAUGAAGAUAUGACUCCUGAAAUGAUGAGGGAUUUCUUUUGGGAUGACGAACUUCGGUUGAAAUGGGAUGAUAUGUUACUAGAAGCCGAAACUAUAGAGGAAUCCCCUGAAAAUGGAACAAUGGUGGUUAGGUGGGUUCGUAAGUUCCCAUUCUUUUGUAGCGACAGGGAGUACAUUAUUGGUCGUAGAAUCUGGGAGUCAGGCAAAACCUAUUACUGUGUUACAAAGGGCGUACAAUACCCCUCUGUGCCACGCCGGGCUAAACCAAGACGUGUUGAUUUGUACUAUUCAAGUUGGUCGAUUCGUGCAGUUGAAUCGAGGAAAGGGGAUGGACAAAUGACUGCAUGUGAAGUAUUACUAUUUCAUCACGAAGACAUGGGAAUUCCAUGGGAAAUUGCAAAACUUGGCGUGCGUCAAGGCAUGUGGGGAGCCGUGAAGAAGAUAGACCGUGGUCUACGUUGGUAUCAGAAACAAAAGGAAUCAGGAAUACCUCUCUCUCAUUGUGCGUAUAUGGCUCAUAUCAAUACAAAAGUUAGCACAGAUCGUUUGAGAUACUUGGGGAACAAAUCAAAUGAUUCACAAGAAAUUGAAACUUGUGAGCAAGUAGCGGAUGAUGAGAAGCCGUCAGGGAAAAAUCUCCCAAAGCUUUUGGUGGUAGGAGGAGCCAUUGCACUUGCUUGCACCAUUGACAGGGGGCUCUUGACGAAAGCCGUUAUAUUUGGAGUUGCAAGAAGAUUUGCUAAAAUGGGAAGGAGGUUGUGAAUGGAUUGGUAUACUUUUUCUUCUUCUUCUUCUGACCUCAGAUAUAAUUGUAUUUACAUUUAAUUUAUCUUUUGUUAGAUUCAUCUUGCAGCUUAUAAUCAUAUGAUGAGAGAGUAUGAUAGUAACCAUGUAUUUAUUUUAAAUGAUUGUUCUCAUGCUGCUGAAAUAACAGGAAAAUCCUAUUUUCUUGAUA